AGGCAGACAAAGGCACAGAGAGAGAGGGGGACAGCCAAGUCAGCACUUCAUGUUGAACGAAACAGAAGUUGCCCAAGUUGUUUUCCCACAUAAGACAGACUUUCCCAUAGACGAGGAGGAGACAUACAUAACUGGAACUCACUGGGGACAAGAAGGGUACACAGAUUACGUGACGUCACCAAGAGAUGGGACUAUAACUCAUGAUGUGUCCAGAAACACUGUGACAGGUUUCUUCUCGUCCAUGUGCUGUCGCAGUAGCACAGCACCCCAGAUGCACCGCUCUUGGACUGUUUACUUUGUUUUUAGGAGUCUUCAUUCCCUCUCCCCAACAUCACCACACCUGUCCUCACCCGUCCUGCGAUGGGCAACUACACCUCUGCCCUGACUGAUAUUGAGGAAUUCAAGGCUAUCAUAUCCAACCCCGGAAGGCUCUCUCCGGAACUCAGAAGGCAUACUCCGUUCCGCAGGUCACAGUCUGAGGUCCUAUUAGCAUCUUCCCCAUCUCCGCCUCCUGAUCCUUCCCCUCCCAUAAUGCCGAGUGUUACAUCUGAGAAACCCGAGCUUCUGGACUCCAACGGUCCAGACAUUUUGGCCCUCAAGUUCCUUCACGUGGUGUAUCCUUCUUCUGAUGCCAUCACCGACAGCUCUCCCCGCUCCCCAUCCCCAUCCCCAUCCCCAUCCUCCUCCUCUGAUGUGAGAGCCAGUGCCACCCCCUCACCGCCCCCCUCCCCCUCCUCCUCCUCCCCUGCCUCCCCAUUGCCCCCCUCCCUGUUCUCGGGGGCGCUCUCGACGGUGCUCCACAACCCCCGGGACUCCCUGAAGGCCGUGCCCCCCUCGGGCUCCCCUGCCCUGGAUCACCUGAGGAGGCAGCUGGGCCUCAUGAGGGAGGAGCUGGACAAGAUGAAGAGCCAGCACAAGAAGGAGGUGAAACAGCUUGUGAGUGAGCUGGAUGAGGAGAAGAAGGCUCGCCUCAACCUGCAGGUGGAAGUGGACAAGAUCAAGAGACAGCUUACGAAGUCGUCAUCAUCAUCUACAAGUUGAUGGCAGCCAGCGUCACAAACAUUUGGAGCCAAGAUGACUCAGAGAGCCUUGAGCCUGCAGUCAUCUCCAUUCAUUGGAUGCUACUGAUACCAUCAAUAAUAACAACAUUAUAACAACAUUAGAAGAACCAACCUGGGAGGUCCAUACAGUACAGUAUGUGAAAACUGCUGUUAAGCCUACGGUAUAUGUCAUUAGAGACAAGACACUUUAAAAGCAAGGUAAUACAUUUAUAUCAUGCCAAUGUCAGCAUGGCUGAUGACACUCAUGAUGCACCCCAUGACAAAAGGCCUCUGUUUAGCUGAGGAUGACAUCAUCACCUCCCGCUGGAACCUGAAAGACUGUUCUAGAAUAUUAGAGCGCAAUACCAGUUCUACCAGGCUGAUGAUGUCACUACCACCGAGAGGAUGACUCAAAGCAAACUGGCAAGCAGGUUCUGGCAUUGCAAAGACAUGUAGGAAUUUCAUCACAUUUAACGGCUGUAGCAUGAUAGCUUGAUAUCCCAUUUGUUGAUCAUGUUGUGUUUCUGCUUGUGGACGUUAGAAUAUCUUUGUAAAAGUUAAGGCACUACACUACCAGGGAGGGGGUAAGGUAGCCUACUACUACAGUAGACUAGUUCCUGGGAUAUAAAAAACCCUUAAAAUCCCCUUCAUGCCCUCAUGCUAACCAUUUGUGUUCCAAUGCAAACAUUAAAAAAACAUCUUAGUCACCUAUGUGACAAAAGACAUCGUUCAGAUGUUUUAAGCGACCUGUUGGGAAUGAUUGGUGAUAAAUCUGUCAAACUCAACUGCCAGUUGGUAUGGAGGCGGGAGAUGUUUUGAAGAACUUUUUAACUGUGUACUUUCAAAAUAUAAGUUGCUUAAUCCGUUUCCCCCGGGUCUAUCUGACCUUUACAUUCGUCUUAGUGACAAUUCAGAGUUGAGCUGACGGGUGUAACUGAACAUUUUGUCACAUACUGUAGAACAUGUAAUUGCAUAGUUUUUCAGCAUGCAUUACAACUUUAUUUUAUUUAUUUUUGAAGAAUGAAACUGUAUGAGAUGUAUAAAAAUAAUGAGGAUAUGUUUAUUUAUGUAUUUAACAUCUAUACACAUAUACAGCAACAUGGUCAAAAUAUAGCUUUAAAAAAAAAUUGUGGACACUACAAUGCUUGGAAAGUUUAAAAAGGGACAAACCAUCGAGAGCAAUGUUAAUCCCUAUUCAAGUUUUCAGGCACUUCUUCUUAAUUCCUGGAAUGUAUGUAAAUAAAAUAAUAAAUAUAUUUAAAACUAGAGAUGUGGAAAAUUGAAUAAAAAAAUUAAAACAAUAUUAUGUACACUGUUAUUUUUGUAAAAUAUCAAGACAUCAAAUGUACACUGUACAUGAUGAUACAAUCUGCAUUGGCCUCAGCGUAUGCAAGGCACUGCCUGGUUGCUGUCCUCCCUGUCAUUUUGAUAAGGCUCAUCAGAGUGAUUUGAAAGAACGAAUCGUCCGUCAAUCAUUUGAAAAGGCACAGCAACAUCAUUUCACAGUUGCAGUGUUUAGUCCAGACCUGCAGAUGGCAGUAGAGUGUUACGUGCGGUCUGCUGCCUGCAGACUGGAAUGCCCUGUUGU